GGUUUGGUUUGGGUGUUGGGUGUUGGGUAGGUUCCGAAACUCCUUAAUUCUCAUCUACAAUCAUGGACUAAAAGGGUUAAGUGUCAAAGAGAUCCAAUUUCGGAUCUUUCCCGGUCUCAGGAGUUCUCAUAGAUACCGGUAUCGUGGGUGCCAAGUGCCAAAGUGCAAAGAGCACAAACUGGAACCUUAUUACAACCACCCUUGAGCAACAACCCUCUCUUAGCUUGUGGGCUACUCAGAGUACCAUGUUCCUGCAUGUGACAGUUUUACUCCUGGUGCUAUCGUUGGCUCCCUGCCUGGAUGCCGAGUCGACAACAACGACAUGUUCUUUGGACCAACAAAAUCGGGAUGCCCACCAGCGACGAGAUCCCUGUCUGCAAGAAAUGCAGUACAAUAUCAGCGGCACUCAAGGUUCCUUUUGGGCCUAUGUGGAACCCGACGUUAAUACCAUGUACAAUGGAAACCCUCCUGCUUCCACCAAGGUGGAGUUUCCCAAAUUCAACGGUUUUUCGGUCAAAUUCAUCAACAUGAGCAACAAACGGCUCAUACUCAAGUGGGUACCCUUUGACAAAAACCAACCACCCGUUCAAAUGAGUGUCAUGCUGCCCUUUCACGAAGCCGGCACUGCCUCUUUUCCCGGUCACAACUUUAUUCUCACGGACGAAUACGACACGGAGUAUCAUCGAUUCGUCAUUGGAGAUUCACCCGCCGAAGCAAAUUUGCAGGUCUAUGACCCCUAUCGAGUCGAAGGGCCGGAAGAUCCCGUCGCCACUGAACGAACCUUGCAACAAGUACUUGCGCCACACGAACGCCAACAAUAUGAUCAAUUGCGAGAUACCCUGCUAUUCCAUGAACAAUAUCAACAAUUCACAGGACGAUCCUAUCUCGCCAAUUAUUUGCGAGAUCCACCACGACAUUUCAUUUGGCCCGUCACCCAUUUUGGACAGCAAUUCUGGGUGACCACUCCGGAAACACACUUUACCCAAUUACCACCCGCCCAGUUGCUCAAUCCCGUGACAACAGACGACACGGCACGUCACCAAAAUCCCGUCUUGACCGAUUACCGUGAUCGUGAUAGCCAAUUGAAUAUGACAUUGACUGUCUUGUCCGUGGCCCCUCGCGUUUUGGAAAUUCCCAAUUUCUUGUCGGCCACCGAAAUCCAACACAUUUUACAAAUUGCCACGGGCAUGGAAUUGUCACGAUCCACCGUGGGAAAUUCCGAAAAAGACCUCCAAAAGCGACAAGCGGCCGAAGUCAAGACGGAUACCCGGACCAGUUUCAAUUCAUGGCUCAAACGGGAGAAAUCGCCCGUCAUUGAUGCCAUUUAUCGACGAGCAGCGGAUCUGAUGCGCAUUGACGAAGCCCUCUUUCGGGAACAUACAGAUAGUAAUGAUGAGUUGAAAAAGAAAAAGUCAUUGGCAGAACAAUUGCAAUUGGUGCAUUAUGAUCCCGGACAAGAAUAUACGGCUCAUCAUGAUUUUGGCUACAGAGACUUGAAGAAGAACCAAAAGGCCCGAUUCUCAACGCUCCUGCUGUAUCUGAACCAUGAAGGUCUCGAAGCUGGAGAGACCACGUUUCCCCGGUGGAGAAAUGCCGAAACAUUUCUGCCUCUCAAGGUCAAGCCGCAGGCGGGAAAGGCGGUCCUCUUUUACUCACAGCUACCCGAUGGAAACUUUGAUGACUAUUCGCAGCAUUCCGCCGCUCCACCGACAAAAGGAGAAAAGUGGCUCAUCAACCUGUGGACAUGGUCGCCCUACAUGGACGAUGACGAAUAAUAAUACCGUUGUAGUCUUAUUGUUCUAAAUAAAUGUGCUAACUUUAAAAGAAAACUCAAGGGGAAGCUCUGGCCUCUUCACAACAAGGU